CCAUUCAGCCAGUCUGGUGGCUGUUCCUGUGUGUUUACUACACGGACCACGCAGCAGCAGACACUUGGUUUCACAUGCACCUAACUCACAAUAGCUAGCGAGCUAAACACUUUAUAGUUCCAUCUGAAAGAGAAUCUCCAACAAUCCAACAUGCCCAAGAGAAAGCAGGGAGCCGCUGGGGACACCAAGGAGGAGCCCCAGAGGAGAUCCGCCCGGUUAUCAGCGAAGCCAGCCCCAGCCAAGGCUGAACCCAAGGCCAAGAAGGAGAAACCAGCAAAGAAAGAGAAGGCUGUGAAUGACAAGAAGGAGGAGAAGAAAACUAAGAAGGCAGCAGCGAAGGAGAACGCAGAGGCCGCUGAGGAGAACCACUCUGAGAACGGAGGCGCUAAGACCAACCAGAUUGAGGAUGCUCCCGAGGCAGAGAAGGAGGAAGCCAAGUCUGAGUAGCAACACUGCCAACCCCUGACCUCCGACCCCAACCCUUCCCACCAGCCUGCCCCAGUGUUCGUGGUCCCCCUCCAAGACAUAUUGUUAACAGAGGAAUAUUUUUAUCAGUGAUUUUAUAAGUAUACUAUCUACUAUCCGUACAGAUUUUUAGCACAAAGCAAAGCUGAGUAAUAUAAUGUAGAUCUGCAGUGGUCAUAUCAACAAAGUGUCUGCAGGCAAGAUGAACACACUAAAAUCUUUUUUAAUUAAACAGCAUUUCAUGAUUGUGUAGGAAGCAAAGCGCGUCCCGUCCCAUAGUGACUUGUGUUCCUGUGCCCCCCUCCUCCACAGUUGGUUCUCCUAGGGUUCUACCUUAUUCCUGGUUAAUUAACGGUUCUCCCUGACGUUCCCUUGCUUUGUCUAAAUGUUCCUGUUUUUACAUUAAACAUGUUCUAAGCGUGUUGAAAGUGUGUUGUCCAAUAAGAAAGAGGAAGAGGAUCAUGAGAAACAUUCUGGACAGAGUGACAUGCUUGUGUCUCCUAGGCGACCCUGUAACAGUGACAUGCGUGUGUCUCCUAGGCGACCCUGUAACAGUGACAUGCGUGUGUCUCCUAGGCGACCCUGUAACAGUGACAUGCGUGUGUCUCCUAGGCGACCCUGUAACAGUGACAUGCGUGUCUCCUAGACGAUCCGGUAACAGUGACAUGCGUGUCUCCUAGGCGACCACAGCAGUAGUGUGUGACAGCUCUCCAUCUUGCUGGUUUUCUAACACAUGUUUUUUUAGAUGAGCGGUUCUCUGACGUGUCUGUCCCUCUGAUGUUCUGGAAUUCUUCAAUAAAACAAGUCCUGUGAAUUUUCCUCAAAA